GUGAAAUAAUCAAACAAAGAAAGACAAAAAAGGCCAACAUCCAAAAUCAAAAUGUCCCACAAAAAAAAAAUACUCUUGGACCCCUUGCUCUUCCUGGUUAAUUUGAUCAAAAGAUUCACGCCCAUCAUCAUCCUCAAUCCUCAUGCAUGAUCAUUUUGAUGACAACCCUUCUCGCAUACGGCAGAUUACUACUCAUCUUUGUCCAUCUCCAUAAAAGAAACUACUAACUCCUGUACUUUUCCCUUUUCUUUUUGGUUAAAUUUACUGUCCCUAUUUGCAAAAGCAGUAGAAUCCAUCUACGUAAGAGGGUUGGCCUUGGCAGUAGUGGCAGUGUCACACCCAAUUUUUUUAAUCAAAUUUCUUUUGGUUUAUAGGGAAAAAAGGGGAAAAAAAAAAGAAAAAGAAGGAAGAAUAGAAAAGAGAACCCAUUUGUUUAUGUAUAUCAAUGACAACUGACAAGGUUUAAUAAUUUAAUACUAUAAACUGGUCUUUGAUUUGGGUUUCACAGUUAAAGGGGUAAACUUUGUUGAUUAAUCCAAUUGAACAGUGAGUUGGUAAGUGUUAUUUCCACAACCAGUAUAAACAAAUGUUUUCUUUCUUUGUGUACUCACAUUAUAGUAUUCUCAGAAACCCCUCAAUGAUGAAGAAUUUGUUAAACCAUUAUAUAAUGCUCUGAUCCAAUCAUGCCAAUGUAGAUAAAAGCAAGCUCCCUUCAUAUUUUAGGAAGGAAACAAAAACUAAUCCAAUUUUGACAAUGCCGCCGGAGCUGGCUGCUUUUCAAGACCGGAGAACGGUUUCCGGCUUCAGAACCCGGGACAUUAGCCCUGACUCUGUUAUCUUUCCGGCCGAUUCCAACUUCAGCAUUUUCUCUUCUAAUUCUGCUAGUGUUGACCGUUGUUCUUUUGCCUCCGAUGUGCCUGAUCAAGACUCCAGUGUUUCCGACAAUUACCAACAUUUGGCAGGGCAUGAAUUACGUGAAUCUUCAGCUGCUUCAAGUGGUGGUCCAUAUGUAGAUCUAGAUCCGCACGAUGUCACGGUACGCAACAAGAAUAGUGUUCAUCUCACCAGAAAAGAAAAACCUAAAGUUCAAGAGUUAGAAAGCAGCGAAGUUGAGACUGAAGAUGAUAAUUCAGUUCUUGAUUCAGCAAGGAGUUCGUUUUCUCAAGCCCUGAAAGAAUGUCAAGAUAGAAGGUCUAGACCAGAUGCUGUAAAGAAGAAACAGAAUAGACAGAGGCCUGCUUCUCUAGAUUUCAAUAACGCUGUCAAUACAUCUUCCCCGCGAUUGGGAGUACUGAAGAAAACUUCUGUGCUGAAUCCUCGGACUGGCACAUUUCCUAGCCCUGGAACACCAAACUAUAGGCACAAAAGCGUUGGGAUGCAAAAGGGGUGGAGCUCAGAGCGUGUUCCAUUGCCUAAUAAUACUAAUAGAAGGAAUGCAAGUGCACUUGUUCCUUAUAACAAUAAUGGAAGAACACUGCCUUCUAAAUGGGAAGAUGCAGAGAGGUGGAUUUUCAGUCCAGUUUCAGGGGAUAGUCAAGUGAGGCAUUCAGUUCAGCAGGCACAAAGGCGGCCGAAGUCAAAGAGUGGGCCACUUGGACCUCCGGGGAUUGCAUAUCAUAAUAUGUACUCGCCGGCAGCCCCCGUGUUUGAAACAAGGAAUGUUGAGCAUGAUGUUGCAAGUUCUCCCUUUUCAGCUGGAGUGAUGAUGGCAGAUGGGUUGCCCUUCCAGUGCAACAAAGGAGGAUAUGGAGGUCUUGGAAACUUCCCUGCAUUCCUGGAGCCUUGUAUGGCAAGGUCUAUAAGUAUACAUGGAUGCUCUGAACUGAUCAGCCAAUCUUCCCUACCUGGUUUCCAAGAAGAGAAACUUGAUGGCGGAAUACCUUCAGAUGCUAAUGUGUCGCGCACAAUCUCAAGAAGGGAUAUGGCUACUCAAAUGAGCCCUGAGAGCAGUAAGCACUCAUCUCCAGGUCGCACGUCAUCGUUUUCCCCAACAACUGCAAUCCUACCCAUCGUAGAAGUGCAAAGCGUCCACAACUCUAGACCUGAAGUAAGGGAUGUUCAAGUUGAUGAACAGGUUACAAUGACUAGGUGGCCCAAGAAAAAUAGAACUCGAAUCCCUGGGAGAGGCUCAGGAAAUUCUGAUGACUGGAAAAGGAAAGCUGUCGAGAUCCGUACUGCUGGUUGGGAUGUUUCAGACACAGCCAAGGCUAUCUCAAAGUUAAAGAGAGAAGAAGCAAAAAUCAAUGCUUGGGAGAACCUGCAGAAAGCAAAAGCUGAAGCAGCAAUACGGAAACUAGAGAUGAAACUGGAGAAAAAGAGAUCUUCGUCAAUGGACAGGAUUAUGAACAAACUGAGAUCAGCGCAAAAGAAGGCUCAAGAAAUGAGAAGUUCUGUGUUGUCAAACCAGUCGCAACAAGUUGCAAGGAGCUCCUCCAACAAAGCUCUAUUCUUUCCUCGAACUCGCCAUAUGGUUUCCUUCAGCGGCUGCUUUACCUGUCAUGCAUUCUAGAUCACUAACAGCCCUGUAGCUCAGUUACUUUUGGUAUUUGACGAACGAGAAACAGAUUGUACAGUCCGUUGUAGGUGAAAUUUGGUACUCAGUAGCACAAGAAACAAGGUCCUCUUAGUGCAUAUCUCUGAUAAACACUUAUGGUAAUUUCAAGCUCCUGAUAUCAAUAUUCCUGUGAACAUGGCAUGCUAUAUGUAUGAUUUACCAGAGACUAGUAAUCCAAAACUACGAGGCAUGGGACAUCUCAUAAUUCGCCCCAUGAAAUGCCGAAGUUUAGGAACAAAAGCAAGAAAAGGGACCUCAGGGCAUAAGAGAUUGCCUAAUUCUGCUGUAAAGUAGUUGAGGUUAUCUGCAUUAGGUGUUUCCAUCUGUUGAGUGGAAGUUAGCAAUCUGAGGUUAAAAAAUAGAAAGAUAUUUGUAUUCUGGCCUUAUAUUUUGUGCUUAAGUGGAAGACGUGGUACUUAUAUUGUAGCAAUAUCUGUUCUGGUCUAAAUGGUAUAUAGAGCUUUCGUAAUCUACUUCAUAAGCUGUCUUUGUUCCAGAUUUAAGAAAUGUGCAAACAUGGAAGAAGUAUUUCUCUUGAUCUAUUCUUCUGUGUCUGAAAUCAAUAUGAACAAGAAUUUUGCAUCAACAUCAUCACAAUGUGUGUUCGAAGUUGGUAGUUCACUAUCUUCUCCGAAUGCAGUAGUCCUUAGCCACUCCAGAGUCCAGAGUAUGUAAACUAUGAUUCACCUGUCACGAUUUUCUUUGGCAUCCCAGCGAGGUUCAUAUAUGUUCUGUCCAAAUGCUUUAGUGCAUGCCCUGGACAUUAAACAUUGCCAGGAGAAUUAAUCUAGUUUCGAGCCUUGCAUCUCAGUGGAUUCUGGUAAAAAGUAGCCUAACCGCGUAAGAUUAACAUAAUCUUGAGGACCAUGAUUCGAUAGUCCAGGGAUUACUAACCCAACCAUCCUAAACAUAAUCUCAGGCAAACCUUCUCUGUACUCCUUUCCUCUUGCAAGAGGGAGGAUGAAGCUCCUGGUCAACUCAAAAACCGAAUUCAAAACCUUUGGUAAAACAUAUAGCACUGAAAAGUAGUUCUUGUUUGGUUCCUCUUCUAAUACCUGACGAUGAGUGUGAGAACAAAAGGUGAAUAAUGCAAAGUUAUGGUACUAUGUCAAAAAAAAAAAAAAAACACAUUUUUCUCAGUUAAAACAUAAUACGAAACAAAAUAAAAUUCCUUACCUGUCCUUGAUAGAGGCUGUUGAAAUAGAGACAAUGGCCAAAGUGCUUAAACAUGAGGGUCUUGUCAUCGUAAGGCAACCGUGGAACCACAUCAUUAGCGUAAACAUAUCUACAAUAUUUCACGUUGUACCUUUUAAGUUUUUCCUUCAUAAAUUCUCCAAAUUUCUCAUCACCAACUCUGGGCUGUCCGAAUGUGUAUACUCCUUCCAUUCUAUCCAGCAGCCAUUUCUCUUCAUGUAAACUCAAAAUGGCUGGAAACAGAAUAGCCAAAGCUCCUCCUAAGCUGUGACCAGUGACCAUGAAUUUAGCAUUCUUGUUUUGGCUCAAUAUUUCUCGCAGCUUCUCUCUAAUGGUGUAGUAAGCAAAUUGCUUUGUGCCUGAAGCAGUUUCAAUUUCCUUGGGCCAACCUUUAUCUUUGUGUAGGCCUAAAGCUUUCUGAAAUCCAGCAUGAAGUCGGCCCACACCUUCCAGCUCAUACCAUGAUAGGUUCAAGUCUGUGAUCCAGUCAUCUGCAUCAAAUGGGCUUGUCCCCCUGAAGGCCACCAUUAUUAGGUCCGGAUCAACUUUCUUGUCUUGGAACAUGAUGACCUGAGUUG